AAUAAUAUGAGAAAGAAACUAAAAAAGUCAAAAGUUGUAGACAACAUGGAUCUUGUCAUUGUGUUUCAAUUUCUUUUAUAAUUUCGUCUAUAAAUACAACAAAAUCCCCCAUUGUUUUACACUUCAUCUUUGUCCGGCAUAUCCACUGUUGACUUUCUAUUCUCUUUUUCCUUUCUUUGUAUUCUCUAAACUUCCGUAAUGAAAACCAUGGAAGACCAAGACCAAAUAGUUCUUUUUCGAUUAGCAGAAAGCCUUAAUUUAGAUGGAAAAGAGAGCGACUCAACCCAGAUUCAUGAGGAUUCUUUUCCUAGUCUUGAUCAAGUGGAGGAGAUUCUCGGUUAUGAAUUCAACAACAAGGGCUUAUUAGAAGAGGCUCUUACGCAUUCUUCUUAUUCUGAAAAGCUUUCAUAUGAGCGUUUAGAAUACGUCGGGGACUCGGUGCUUAACGUACUGUUCACCAAGGAACAGUACUUUCUGUAUCCGGAUUUGCCUCCCGGGUCCUUGACCCGCCUCCGUUCAGCAAAUGUUAACACAGAGAAGCUUGCACGUGUCGCCAUCAAACUAGGGUUACAUAGAUUUUUACGCCACAAAAAACCUCUUCUUGAAGAACAAAUUCGAGAAUUUUCGGAAGCGAUAUUGGACUAUCCUUUGCACUCAAAUGGACUGGUAGAUGUGCCGAAAGACCUGGCUGAUAUUAUUGAGUCAACAAUAGGGGCUGUUUUCAUUGAUAGCCAUUGCUCAAUUGACACCGUGUGGAAGGUGUUUAAGGGUUUGUUGCAGCCUAUCAUCAGUCUGGAAACAUUGAAGAAGCAUCCAGUAACGGAAUUGUAUGAAGUCUGCCAGAAAAAGAAGAUGAAAGUAAAAUUUGUGGAUUUAUGGAAGGAAAGUACAGCAUUUGAUGUAUUCGUAGAUGAUCAGCUUGUGGGAAGAGGUACAUAUGCUCUGAAGAAAGAAAUUGCCCACAAUAGAGCGGCAAACGAUGCAUUAAACAACAUUGAGAGGAUCCUGAAUGAGAAACUUGACUCUCAAGACCUUCAGUGUCUGGACCAAGCUCAAAGUGUUGAUACUUGACUUGAUUGGAUAAACACAUUCAUCAUUCAUGUAGGUUGCUUAUAGAAUCAGAAAAAUCCAAAUUGCACAUAUUCUCGUUGCUUAUAUACUUGCAGAGUUGGUCCACAUUAAUUGGCAAGAGCUUAAACAAUUUGGUUGCAUGUAAUGCCCCACAUAAAUUACAGCCUUGCCUCAUGAUUGAGGGAUCAACCUAGAAUGGACAACGAGAAUCAAAAAAUGGAUCAUAGACUAAGAUAUAUGGAUUCUACUUCUUCGUAUUAUAAUUAUAUUUAAAUUUGAAUUACGUGCAACUUUGCUGUUCAAUUCUAUUGAUAUUAGGUAG